CACCUCCAGCCAAUCACAUCGCUGCUAUGUCUCCGCCUGCUCAUCACUACCAUGGCGGAACACGGAGCAGGAAUUCCGCCUGUGUGACGAUGACAGCGGCGUUAAACGGCUGCCAACAGGGAUGAACACACCGGCUUGGAUCAGACCUGUUGAGCCGAUGACGAAUGUUGGCUUUGGUGCUUCACUUAAAAGCAACCUUAAAGCAACUUUGCCGGUUUUUUUCCCCUCAAUCCCGGAAGCUCAUCAGUGUUGUAUUAAUAGAAGCCUAAAGUGCUGUAUGGAUGCUCGGAGUUGGUGCCUUUAGUUUUUUUUCCACACAGGGAUAAACACUUUCUUUAUAUAUGAUGGAUUUUCUGGACGAUCUUUCUCAUGGACUGGCCAACAUGUCCAUGUUUCCAUACUUUGACAUGGCGCACUACAUCGUGUCCAUCAUGGCUCUGAGGGAGCAGCCAGGGGCUCUUCAGGUGUCCCGGGUCAGCCCGCUAGCCUGCUGGUUCAGCUCCAUGCUCUACUGCUUCGGUGGCGCCGUGCUCUCCGGGAUUAUGCUGGCAGAACCGCCCGUAGCGCCGUUAUCCAACGGCACCAGCGUCCUCCUCGCUUCCCUCAUCUGGUACCUGGUGUUCUACUGCCCCUGGGACCUGGUGUACGGCUGUGCGGCCCUGCUACCUCUUCGCUUGGUUCUGUCGGGAAUGAAGGAAGUGACACGCACCUGGAAAGUCCUGGGCGGGGUCACCCAGGCCCACAGCAAGUACCAGGAUGGCCUGCUGGUCAUGAUUGCCAUCGGCUGGGCCAGAGGAGCUGGGGGCGGUCUUAUCAGUAACUUUGAGCAGCUUGUUCGAGGAGUGUGGAGGCCAGAAACCAACGAGCUCCUCAAAAUGUCCUACCCCACCAAGGUGACCCUGAUAGGGGCGGUACUAUUUGCUCUGCAGCAGACCCGCUACCUGCCUCUGCACAAGCACCACCUGAUGCUCAUCUAUACGACCUUCACUGUCGUCAACAAGGCGAGGAUGAUGCUGACCGGCUCCGCGGCAUCGCCCUUCGCCACCAUCGAGUCAGCCAUCUACAAGACGCUGUUCACCGGCUUCUCCCCGUACGCCGCCCUCGCCGUGGAGGUCAGGAAGGCGUCGGCUCGUAACGGCUCAGGGAGCGCGCUCACCUGCGAGAAGAGGCCCGCCAACGGAAGCAGAACCAAAGACGGAUCGCAGGCGGGGGAGAGCUGCAAAAAAACCGACUGAGCCUUGGAUGUCUUUUGGUUUCCUCCAUUGAGUUUUUCAUCAUCAAAGUGAAAGUGAAUUUCACUCAAGACUCCAGUCGAGCCGGCACCGUAUUUUGGGGCUCAUCCUCACGCUACUGUGAUGUUAUGAUAUCAGGGCUACAAAGCAAUGUGUCUUAUUUUUUUUAAAAGAUAUGCAUAUCUAUAUUUAUAAUCAAAUGAUACUUUUAUGUCUUGGGGAACAAUGCUGUGCACCCGCUGCUCUCUGAAUGGCUUCUUAUAGGAAUGCUUUCCUGCUUUACAAUGGGGGGAGGGGGGCGUUUCAAUGAUAUGACAUUGAAUCAUUUUUUAUUCUAUUUAUAUAAAAAAAAAUUAUAAUUGCACUUGCAAAAACGGAGAAAAGCUUUUAAAAUGGGUUUGCUUGAUACUAAAUGCCUUGAAUCGUAAAUCGUAAAUGAAGCAUUCAAUUGCUGUCAAUAUUCCCACACAGACAGCACAGGAAUGUGAACGCUUCACUUGAAGGAAGAUUCCUUAUCCUCAAAAGUCGAUCCAUGCUUGAUUUUUCCUGCACCAGGGUCUGCGUAUGACAAUAAAAGAAAGUUAUUGUAUUGGAUCUCAUUGGGUGUACCUAAUGUACUGACUUGUUUAUGUUGAUCAUGACAGUAGA